UCCAUGUGUGUGUGUUUCAGGUGUUGUCAUAUCACGCCUCUGCCGCAGAGGAAGAGACGCGGGAACUCCAGGUAACCGCGGUAGCCACAGUGCCGUCCGCCCAGUCGUUGCGUCUCAUGGACUUCAGCUUCAGUGACUUUGAUUUGUCGGACACAGAAACCACCAUGGCUACGAUCCGGAUGUUUGUCGACCUCAAUCUGGUCCAAAACUUCCAGAUGAAGUACACAAGUUUAUGCCAUUGGAUUCUGAGUGUGAAGAAGAACUACAGGAAGAAUGUGGCCUAUCACAACUGGAGACACGCCUUCAACACGGCCCAGACCAUGUUCACCCUGCUGAAGUCCGGACGCCUACAGAAUAAACUGAAUGACUUGGAGGUCUUGGCUUUGAUGAUUGCAACUCUAAGCCACGAUCUGGACCACAGAGGAGUAAACAACUCCUACAUACAGAGGAGCGAGCACCCUCUUGCCCAGCUGUACUGCCACUCCACCAUGGAGCACCACCACUUCGACCAGUGCCUGAUGAUCCUCAACAGCUCUGUAGGUGGACCUACCUCUACCCACGACACUAGAGGAAACACAAGUCCUUAA